GUCAUAGUGUGAGUAGGUUAUUGUUAGAGUUCAGACUGUAGAGCUCAGAAUAAGAUCAGGACGAUCAGUGGACAGGAGAGUUUUGCAGAGUGAGUGUUGAACAUUUCCCAUCCUGACCUGAGAUUGACAACCAACGAAUCAUCAAGAAGCAGAUGUGAGAUGAAGACACUGUGGCUGCCACUUCUCCUGAGCUCAAUCAUAUGGGCAGAGGAAGAUUAUUUUUUUAUCUCCCCCGACGCCGCAUGGAAUGGCACCGGACUCAAUCAGUCCAAUGGCACAUUGAAUGACACCGGACUCAAUCGGUAUAAUACCACAUGGGAUGAGGCCAGGAACCACUGUCAAGCCUGUUACAAAGAGCUGGCGACCAUCAACAGUAAAAAUAUCCACCUCAUCGUGCAGAACCUCUCUUUGGACUACUGGACUGGGCUCCGCAGGAGCUACAAUGGCACCAUCCCAUGGUCCAGAUGGUCCAAUGGGGAUCCUGUUACAUAUCAGAAUUGGUACCCUGGUCAUCCUCUACCAAAUAAAGUAAAGAAAAUGAUUCCUAUAUGUUCCUCAACUACACAAAGUCCACUGAGCACCCUAAUAACUACUAUGGCUACUCCAGUGACGAAUGCCUCAACCGAAAUCCCAACACAAACCACAACACAAACCUCAACAGUAAGUUCUCCGGUAACCUUUCCACAGUUUUCCACAUUAUCUGAAACUAACAACACAGAUGUGUGUCCUAUACUGUAUAACGUCCUGGAAUGCUUAAAUAUGACAUAUGAAGAGCUUGAACGUACAGUGCAUGAGUACUCAUCGGUCACCCCUAAGACCACAACAUAUAGCACCACCACCAAUCCCACAACAUUUAGCACCAUCUUUACAACAACUGGUUAUGAGACACAGAACACCACGAUGAAUAGCACCACCACCACAGAGAGCACCACCGCCAGCAACUGCAUCUUCGAACCAGAGCCAGAUACUGAAGUGUACAUCGAGGACGCCUGUGUGGUCCUGCUCAGCUUUGGCAUGUGGAAGGAAAAACAUUGCAACGAAACUCUACCCUUCAUCUGUUAUGAUAACCAAUUUUAUGGGCAAAUAGAAGUUUCCGAUGUGACCACAAGUGCAGGCAAUGUGAGCUGGAGUACUCCACCGGGUAACAUCACUCACUACAAAGUGGAAAUCACUUGGAACCAGACCAAACAGACGUAUAAUGAGACUAACCAGUAUAAACAACUACUGGAUCUGACUCCAGGAAAUCUCUACGAGGUUCAGGUGUUUCCAGUGAAGUGUGGCAGGGAUCUCAAACCACAGAACAUCUCCUUCUACACCAAGCCUUCUGAUAUUGAAAAUCUGACAGUCGUGAGCAUGACAACUGAUACUGUGAGCCUCAGCUGGAGUAAAUCAAAAGGAGACAGAGACGUCUAUUCAGUACAUAUCAGAGGGAUGAAUUCAGAAAACGAUCAAGCAUGUGAAAGUGAAGAGUGCACUAUCACGGGUCUAACUCCAGGAAACAAUUAUACAUUCACAGUUACAGCUAUCGUGAAUAAUACUACUAGAAGUGCGCCAGUGAACAUUUCUGACGUUUACACCAGGCCUUCAGUUGUCUUAAACUUAAAGUCAGCAGACAAGGACAGCACAGUCAUAACUGCCAGUUGGACCAAACCUAUUGGUCAUCAUUCAGGUUACAAAUAUUAUCUUUACAAUAGCAGCGACUGUGCUACCAGCAAUUGUUCAACAAACGGCACCAUUACAACAGAUACGUUCAUAAAAGUGGAGAAUAAAACAGACGGCACCAAGUAUUGCCUGUGUGUGGCAGCACUGACAAACAAUAACACCCUAUCAGGAGAAAUGGUUGUAAUCCCAGCAUACACAAAACCAAAAACCGUAACACUCUCUUUGAAGUUCUACAGCAACUCCAUUACAGCCACCUGGACAAUAGAUGGGAAUUAUGAAAAAUUCAACUUGACAAUACAAGGAGUAACUGACAAUCUAAUGGAUACUAAAACUAUUACAGACAAAACUUGCACUUUCAAAGACCUGAAGCCAGGAGUUCAGUACAAAGUUUCAGUUGUCACUAUUAAUGGUAUUCUGGAAAGUGACCCUGCUGAAGAGUCAAAUUACACUACACCUACUGAGCCCGAGUGGGUAAAGGCCACCUCUAACGGUACCACGAUACAAGUGACCUGGGGACCUCCAAAAGAUUCAGCAGGGGCCACAAUUAACUAUUCUGUGACCUGUGCCUCUGCUUUUUGGGGAGAAAAUACGACUGCAAUUGAUACGACAUCUACAAAGCACACCUUUCCUAAUUUAAAAUCAGGAACAAGAUAUACGUGUUAUGUCCAUGUAGUGGCGGGCAGUUUGACAAGUAAAACAGUCACUGCUCAUGCAGACACAGAGCCUAAGAAGAAGACACUGACCCUCACAAUGUUGUGUUCCUCUGCAACGCCACUUCAUUGUGAAAAUUCAACAACUCAGAAUGAACUUUUCAGGAAGCUGAAUAAUACAUUUACAGCCAAAUUUAAUGACGAUGUCCACUGGAAGCUGAAGUGGGUGGACAGGAAUGUGAUCAAAUCCUUAAAGCAAAACUAGAAAACGAUGUCCUUUGAAUCUCUGUGACGUGGUAAUGGCAACAUGUUUUUACAUUACAUAACUUACAUAGCAAUUUUAACUGUUUAUAUGCUGUACAAGAUUUGAAGUCAUUUUAAUAUAAUUAAAGUUGAAAUGGCUUGUAAAGCCAAUUUGAUUAUGCUUCAAAACUCAAGCCUGCAACUGAACGCAAGUUUUCCAGUUGACAUGUUUCACAAUAAUUAGGAGGAAUAUUUUGUGUUUGAGUGUCCAUUGCCAAUAUGAUUUUCUUUCUCUUUUUGUGCAUUAGCGGACUAUAGCUUUUAUUCAAAAAGAGGAACAAAAAGCAAUUUGUCAAAGAGCCAACACUAUUUGUAAUAUACAAUGCCAGGUUUAUUAGACGCAGAUUUCUUUGUGGGGAAAUGUUUUGGUCCUUAAGUUUAGAAAUCAUACUUUUUUUCUAAUUUUAUUUUCUAUGUAAAAGUGCAGAAAGAUUGUGUCAAGCGUUAGGGGAUAGAAUAUGGGGUUUGUAUGGUAUAAAAAAAAAACAUUAUGUCUAUGGAAAUACCCCAUCCAACAUGAACCCAACGUUGUGUGUGUGUUGGUUUAAGGGUGUCUUUAGCUUCUUCAAAGAUGAUCUCUGGAGUUUGGGCCUAUUUUUAGUUUAUUUUUCUUAUAGCAAAUGCAGACAUACGCUGUGAAUAGUGUGGUGUGAUGAUAUCUGAUAGGUGAGGGAGCUAUAUCAUUCUUGUAACAUUAACAAAUAUUAUUAUCGAAGACAUUUACUUGCUUCAUGUGAAUUAGUUUUAAUAUUCAUGAUGGAUUAUUGUAAACUAUUUUUGAUUUUUUGGGGAUUGUUUUAUUAUAAAUAAAGCUAUUAUUACA